AUGAUUAUUAAUUUUUAGAGAAAGGCACUGAAAAGCCUCAAAAAGGUGGAUAUUUUUUCAUAGCCUGUUCAAUUAUUGAUAAAAUAAGAGGAGGGACAUAAAACCUUAUUUGGAGCCUGUCUAACUUUGGCAUUGAUCUCUUUUUUCAUUUACCUACUUAUUGUUAAUUUAUAUACUUUGGGUCAAAGAAAUAAUCCAACUUCACUAACAACUGAGGUCUAUCAUGCAUAACCAGAAUAAUUCAAAUUUAACGAAUAAAAUUUUACCUUAACAUUCGCUAUUUAAUCACCAAAUUAUGCUACAUAUAUAGAUGAAUCAGUUUAUGUUGUAGAAGCACAAAUUACAACAAAAACAACUAAAAUGUAUUAUAUUUAAUUAAAUUUUUAGUGUUGAUAAUCAAAAAGUUGAUGAAUGGACUUCAUAAGAUCUUCCUUUAACUUCCUGUACUCCAGAACUCAUUCGAUAAGUUGAAUUAUCAGAAUAUUUUUCUCAUUUAAAUUUACCUACUAAUUACUGUAUUGAUUGGAAUAAAAUCAAUGAGAUAAAUAUAGAAGGAACCUUUGAUUCUUCAGCCUAUAGUUUUAUAUUAUUCUAAUUCAAAAUGUGCAAUGAAUAAACAAAAAAAACAAAAGAAUGUAAACCUAGAGAUGAAAUUAAAUAAUUGUUAGAAUAAAACUAUUUUUCUCUUUAAAUGUCUUCAUAUGUUAUAGAUGUGAAAAAUGAAGAAAAGCCUUUUAUAUCAAAAGGUGAAGAUAUUUUCACUACAAUAUCUAGUAAGAUUUUUAAAGAAAUUUCUUUUUAUAUGUAGCCAAUAACAGUAUUUACAGAUCUAGGUCUUAUAACUGAAGAUUACUAAAUUCAAAAAACUUUAAGAUAUAAAAGACAUACAGAAAUGAUUGAUUUAAAUGAGAGUGACUUAAUAAUGAAUGUUGUAAUACGAUUAGAUUAAAUUGAAUAAUAAUAUUAUAGAAGCUACACUAAAAUUCAAAUUAUUCUAAGUUAAAUGGGAGGACUUUGGUAAGUAUUUUUUACUAUAGCCUUUCUUAUAUAGAAACCUAUAAAUAUGCUAUCAUAUUAUGUUAGAAUUUUGAAUUCAUUAUUUGAAUUUGAGCAAGAAAAGAAGAAGAAAACUACAAUUUAAAGAGAUGAAGAAUAAAAUCAAGAAGGAUAACAAGAAUUAAUGACAAGAAAAUAAUUAUAAUCUACUAGAGAAGGAUUAUUUGUUGAAAAUAAAAAAAAAGCAUUUUAACGAUUAUAAUCUAUAAAAAUAAAGAAGAAACAGAUGGAAGUUAUAGAUUCUCUAGUUGUAGAUCCUCAAUCUAAAGAAGAAGCUAAAUAAUAAUUAACUAAAGCUAUAUCAUUUUCUAUUAAAUAAUAUUUUUAGAGUAUUUAAAAAAAGUUAAAAAUGAAAUGGACUGAUUACUUGUAUUUCAUAAGUUGCUUUGUUAAGUAAAUUAUAUAUUUCAUUUAGUUCCAAAAAUUAUAAAAGUCUUCAAAUUGAAUAUUCUGUUAAAAAAAUAAUAAAGUAAAUGGAUAUUUUAUAUAUAAUGAAGAAAUUACAGGAAAUAGAUAAAUUGAAAAUGAUCUUAUUAACUGAAUCUUAGAUUAAAGUUUUCGAUUAUCUUUAAAAACCUACAAUUCCAUUAGAUCCAAAUUCUAAAUAAUUUAACAUAAAUUAACAUUAUUAUUCGAUAUUAAAACCUAUGAAAAGUGACUUUUAGAGAGCUGUAGAUGCCUAAAAUGCUUUUAAAGAAAUAGUAGAAAAUUUAGAUAAUCCAAUCAAUGUUAGAUUACUAAAUUCUAUAGAUAAAACAAUAGUAGAUUUAUUAAAAAUGAGAAAGAAUACUUUAGACUUAAUAUCAAUAGAUGAUGUCUGUAUUAGUGAAUAAGGAUAAGAAAGAAAUGCUGUUUUUACAAUUGAUAUAAAAUAGAAACAUUCCUCAUUAGCAAAUUGCAAAUCUGAAACAAAUUGCAAAUCUGAAGCAAAAUUUUGA